AUUUAUUUAAAUGAUGAAUAACAAACAAAAAGACAGAUACUCAAAUACGACUUCUUCAAUGUUAGAUUUCUAUUUUUAAUCUUAGGUAUAUUAAGUCGACCAUAUCAAACCCAAAUGUAAAAUCAAUCAUCCAGGCUGUUUCUACAAUCUUACAUUCUUAAAUGUAGGAGGAUUAAGAGUAAGGAAAACAAAUUCCUAAAACUUCAGAAUUGUAUUUCUUUAGUGAAGAAAAGUAUAUUGAAGAAAAACCAGAAGAAUUUGAUGAAUAAAGAAAGGUUGUCACUUCUUUUAAACAUUUAGCAAUUACUAAGAGAACCUCCAAGUGUUGACAAUAUCUAUGAAUUCAUGAAAGCACUCUAUGAUUGUGCAUAGUAAUCAUUAUUAUUAUAUAUUCUUUUAGAUUCAGUCCAGAAUGUUGUAUCAUUUGCUUAGUCUAUAUAAAUCGAUUGAUUGCUUUUACAGGGUUAACAUUAAAUCCAACUAAUUGGAGACCUUUAUUGUUAAGUUCAUUACUAGUAGCCUAGAAGGUAUGGGAUGACAAAUAUUUAUCAAAUGCUGAUUUUGCAUUCAUCUAUCCCUUCUUCACUACAUAAGUAACUAUACUAUUUAAACUCCAGGAAAUUAAUAAAUUAGAAGCUAAAUUCUUAGAAUUGCUUCAAUAUAAUGUCACUGUUAAGGGUGAUUUAUAUGCUAAAUAUUAUUUCGAACUUAGAGCCUUAUUCAAAGGCGAUUAAGAAUUUCCACUCUAUCCAUUGGAUGUUACAUAAGUAAUCUUAUUUGUAAAAUAUAAAUAGUCAGCAAGUUUAGAAGCUAGAUCAGCAGAUGUCUAAAAAUAAGAAAAAGAAAAAGCAGAAAAACUAUCCUUAACAUACAAUGAUAGAUAAACCAGAAAACCUGCUGCAAUCAUUAAUUGAUAUUGAUUAUUUCAUAUGCAUAUUAAAAUAAACUUAAUUGAUU